AUGAAAGAUUCACAAUCUGAUAUAAUUGAGCUUUGCAAUAAAUUAAAUGAAGCAACAAAACUAAAACGUAAUGGGAAAUCAAUCAAGCUCACCAAUUUUGUCAGUAACACUCAGAUCAAAUUAGAUUCUUGGAAAUUUUUGGAAUGGGAUUAUGGCAAACCUUCGGUUCAACUUCCAAUUCAAGCGCGUGGAUUGUUUACAUUAAAUAAUGAUACUAUUGCCGUAAGAGGAUACGAUAAAUUUUUCAAUGUUGAAGAAAAACCAUUCACAAAAGAAACUAAUUUGAAAACCUCUACUCAUGGACCCUAUGAAGUCACAUUAAAAGAAAAUGGAUGCAUUAUAUUUAUCAGUGGAUUAAGUACAGGAGAUAUUGUGGUUUGUUCCAAGCACUCUACGGGAGACAGAAUUGAUGAUAAUGAAAGUGACAAGACAACAACGGCAACGGCAACGGCAACGGCGCCGACCAGAAAUCAUGCCAAACAAGGGGAAUUUGAAUUAUUACAACAAUUUGAUGGCGAUCAACAAAAAGUUAAACAACUAGCACAUUAUUUAUAUGAAAACAAUCUAACAGUUGUUGCUGAGUUAUGUGAUGAUGAGUUUGAAGAGCAUGUAUUGCCUUACCCUAAAGAUAAAUCAGGGUUGUACGUUCAUGGAUUAAACUAUAAUACCAUAACGUUUAAAACUUUGCCAAUGGAUCAAGUUUUGCAAUUUGCCAAAGAGUGGGGGUUCAAAUACGUUUCAUACUUAACAUAUGAUAAUGCUGACGAAUUAUUCAAGUUCUUACACAAGUGCAGUGAGACGGGGACAUAUAAUGGUCGAGAAAUUGAAGGGUUUGUGAUAAGAUGUCACCGCCAACUGCAUACCAAUGGUGACACUGACGGGGAUUGCUUUUUUUUCAAGUAUAAAUUUGAACAGCCAUAUUUGUUGUAUCGACAAUUCAGAGAGGUGACCAAACAACUUUUAAAUGGUACACCUAUCAACUCAAUCAAAAUCAAGAAAAAUAAGCCAAUUACCAAAAAGUAUUUACAAUUUGUUGAGAAGUUAUUCGAACAGGAACCAGAAAUUGCUAGAAAUUUUGAGAACGGAUUUGAUAUCAUUAAAGUGCGUCAGUUAUUUUUGCAAUCAUUAAACGAAACUAAUGGUAUGAAUUUGUUGAGUAUUGAUAGUGAAUUAAGUGACCAAUUGAAAAAUCUAGCAUUAGCUAAUGGUAACGAGGGGUUGAGUACCACUACCAAAUACAUAUUUGUUCCUAUCGCCACUAUUGGUUGCGGGAAGACUACCGUUUUCAACACACUAAACAACCUUUUCCCACAAUGGACGCAUAUUCAAAAUGAUAACAUUUCGAAAAAGGCAAAAUUAAAAAUCUGUGAUUUGACUUUAUUGGCAUUAGAGGAUGACGACCAAAGUGUGGUUUUGUUUGAUAGAAACAAUUCGGCAUCUCGUGAACGUAGACAAAUCUUCACUACUAUUGAUCAAAAAAGAGAUGAACAUUUGGAUGAUACAGUGGAUUUGAAAUAUAUUGCUAUCAAUUUUAUCCCUGAAGAUUUAUCUGAAGAAGAACUUUGGGAUAUCACUUAUAAUAGAGUUAUUCAAAGAGGAGAUAAUCACCAAUCGAUCAAAUCACAACUGGAUGAGAAUUUGGUGGAAAGUGUCAUGAAAGGUUUUAUUCAAAGAUAUCAGCCAAUAAAUACUUCAAGAUCCCCUGAUGAUCAGUUUGAUCAUGUCAUACAUUUAAAAUUGUCAAAAGAUGAGAAUUCGCUGAAGUCGUCUUUGGAGAAUGUUAGAAUCAUAAUUGAUGAUUUGGUGCAAAAUUUCCCCGAUUUGAUUAAAGAAAAACCAGCUGAUGAAUUAAUCAAUGAGUGCUUCCAAAAAGCUCUUGAUUAUAAACCCACGUUUGUUAAAAACAUGACUGCUAAUACUAUUAAGAAAGACCCCACAUAUUAUGGUAUUGCUAUGCAUUAUUCUUCAAUUCUAGAGAAUUUAGAAAUCGUUUCCCAUAAUGAACAUUUUCAAAAUAUAAAAUCACACAUUCAAACGGAAUUUCAUGUAACAUUGGGUCAUAUAGCAAGCAGUAAACAAGAUAAAGCCGGUCGAGUCAAAUGGAAAAAACUUGUCAAGACUUUAGGCAAAGGUGAUCCCAAUAAGCCAAAAUCAGCGUUGAAAUUUUUUGCUGAUGUUAAAUUGCUUCAAAUAGUAAUCAACACCGAUAAAUUGGCAUGUAUUAAAGUUGAAAUAUUGAAAAUUUACGAUACUAAUGACGUUCUACAAAGUGAAAUUGAACCAAUUAAUAAACAACUCCAUAUUACCAUUGGUUGUAUCCCGCCAGCUACUGCUGUUGAGUCAAACAUAACAUUGGAAGAAUUGUAUGACAAUCCAGAUGAACAAGAACUCAAACCAGAUGGAACUUACAAAUGUGGUGACGAUACUUUGCAUGUAUUUAAUUUUGACAACCCAGAUUUGAAGUUGUUUAGCCAACAAUUGUUUGUUGCUUACCAAUAA